CGGCUGCGGCCCGGCCGGCCCGGUGGCUGCUUGUGCCCGGCUCGCACCCCAGGAUGCUGGUGGUGGAGGUGGCCGAGGGCCGAUCCCUGGUGUGGGGCGCCGAGGCGGUGCAGGCGCUGCGGGAGCGCCUGGGCGUGGGGGGCCGCACGGUGGGCGCCCUGCCUCGGGGCCCUCGGCAGAACUCGCGCCUGGGCCUCCCCUUGCUGCUGAUGCCGGAGGAGGCGCGGCUCCUGGCGGAGAUCGGCGCCGUGACCCUGGUCUGCGCCCCGCGCCCGGACCCCCGCCAGCACAGCCUGGCUCUGGAGUCUUUCAAGCGCCAGCAGGAGCAAGGUCUCCGGGAGCAGAGUGUCCUCGCUGCCCAGGCUCGGGAGACCCGGCGCCAGGAGCUCCUGGAGAAGAUCGCCGAGGGCCAGGCUGCCAAGAGGCAGAGGCUGGAGCAGGAUAUCGGGGCCACCAGUGAGCUCCAGGAGAACCCCAGCGAGAACCAAGGUGCUGGAGAGAAAGAGGCUGCUGCUCGCCCCACUCCUGGAGAGAAAGAAGCCACUGCUGACCCCAUUCCUGGAGAGAAAGAGACUGCUGCUCCCCUCACUCCUGGAGAGAACGAGGAGGCAGGUUCCUCCCCUUUUAAUGGGGUGUCCCUCUUGCCCCGCUCUGCACUGCUUGUCCAGCUGGCCACCACUCGGCCUCGGCCCAUCAAGGCCAGGCCCCUGGACUGGCGUGUCCAGUCCAAAGACUGGCCCCACGCCGGCCGGCCUGCCCACGAGCUGCGCUACAGCAUCUACCGAGACCUGUGGGAACGGGGCUUCUUCCUCAGUGCUGCGGGCAAGUUUGGGGGCGACUUCUUGGUUUAUCCUGGCGACCCGCUUCGUUUCCACGCUAACUACAUUGCCCAGUGCUGGGCGCCCGAGGUAGCCAUUCCACUCCGGGACCUGGUGUCUGCCGGCCGCCUGGGCACCAGCGUCAGGGAAGACGGUGCUCUCUGUUCCCCGCAGCCCGACGGUAAGGUGGUCUACACCUCCUGCAGUGGGCCAGCCCUGCAGUGAGCUCCAGACCUGGGCAUGCUCCUGGGCUGCCUCCUGGAUGGCUACAGCUCAUCUCUGCA